AAAUACUUCCCCUCUUGGAACAAAGUGACCACAUAGGCUAAAAGUAGAGUUAAUUCAAACUGUGGCGUUAAGGAAAUCAAAAAGGAAGCAUUAAAAUCGAAUAAAAAUAACUUUAAUCUUCAUCUUAUUAUUAUGCGGCUGGUCAAACACCUCACAAAGGUUAUUCUGACAGCUAGCCAGGUUAGCUUACGUAGCUAGCUUCGUCGUUGACUUAUGAGCGUUGUGAAUUAUCUUCGUUUUAGCGGGUUUUCUUUACGACAAAAAACAUGCUCACUUUAUUAGAACUGUGACAUUUUACGAGUGGGGGUUAAAACAUUUAUUAAGUGUCUUAUCUUGAUAUUUUUUUACAAAUACACGUAUUAAAAUGUUGCACACUUGGCUUGCCGAGAGGUUUCGUCAUCAUGGUCCUAGAGCCGUCCCCCAGCCUGCAGCCAGCCAGCAGCUCUACUGUGUCUCACAGGACAUCCAGCCGGGUACCGAGGCGCUUUUCCAGGCUUUAUCCACCCGCUAUUAAUGUCCUGAUUCCGAUAUAAAGAUGGCCUCUCCUCAGCCUGGCAGCCCACCUCUUGCAGAGCAGUACACCCCUCCUGCACCGGACGAAGAGAGCCAACAACAAGAGGACGAUCUGGUGAGAGAUCAGCCUGCAAAAAAACGUGGCAGAGGCAGGCCUCCAAAAUCCAAACCAUCCUUCAAAUGCUCUGCAUGCACAGAGGCUUUCAGGAGUCUGUCAGCUCUGCGGAGCCACAAGCUUGCAGCACACAUAAAGGACCGUCCGCAGCAACACUCAUGUUCUCAGUGUACUAAAACGUUCUCGAGCAAAGCUCAACUCUCAAAGCACGAGCGCACUCACUCGGCCCAGCGCCCCUUCCAGUGCCCCGACUGUCACAAGGCUUACAAGACACCCACAGAGCUGCGCAACCACAGCCGCUCUCACACUGGGGAGAAACCAUUCGUAUGCACAGAGUGCGGCAAGGCCUUUAUGCAAGCUAUAUGCCUGAGGAUCCAUAUGACACAGCACAGUGGAGAACGUCCUUACUCUUGCCGCCAGUGCUCUAAGAGCUACCCCACCUUGUCUAAACUGAAGGUCCACAUGCGCUCUCACACCGGAGAAAAGCCAUACUUCUGUGCUGAGUGCGGUAAGAGUUUUGCCGACCCCUCUGUCUUCCGGAAACACAGAAGGAACCACCAAGGCCACCGGCCGUACGCUUGUGAUGAGUGUGGGAAAACGUACACAGAGCUGAAGGAUCUAAAAAACCACGAGCGCUCCCACACUGGAGAAAAACCAUACCUGUGCUCAGACUGCGGCAAAGCAUUCUCCCGCUCCUCCUCUCUGGCCUGCCAUCAGCGUAUUCACUCCCAAAACAAACCCUACCAGUGCGAGCAGUGUGGUAAAGGUUUCACCCAGCUCUCCUCCUACCAGUCUCAUCUGCGCACUCACUCUGGGGAGAAGCCGUUCCUCUGCCCGCAGUGUGGCAAGAUGUUUUCUGACCCUUCCAGUUUCCGCCGCCACCAGCGAGCCCACUUGGGUUUCAAGCCAUAUCCCUGCGACAAAUGCUCCAAGAGGUUCCGGCAGCCGGCCGACCUGGCCGUGCAUGAGCGCGUUCACUCAGGAGAGCGGCCUUACAAAUGCCAGAGCUGCGACAAAGCCUUCGUGGCAUCCUGGGAUCUGCGGCGCCACAUGCUCGUCCACACGGGUCUGAGGCCCUUUUCUUGCACAGAGUGUGACAAGUCAUUCGCCGAGCGCUCCAGCCUCAACAAACACCGGCGUGUGCACUCUGGAGAGAGGCCUUUCAAAUGUGAAGAGUGUUUGAAGUCGUUCGUGGUGUCCUCAAGCCUGCGCAAACAUGAAAGGACUCAUCUAGCUGAGCAGUCUGAGCAGCAGCAACAACAACAACAACAACAACAACAACCACCGGAGACGGAGGCCGGGUCAGCCUCAGGCUUUACUGCCCACACGACUCUUCCACAGUUCUCCUGUACUCACUGUGAUGCUACAUUUGGAAGCUGGGAUGAAGUUCAGACACAUGAAAAUCUUCACUCUAUAGACUCUAGCCCUCUGACUGUUACCAAAAUCGUGCCCAUGGGCUCACACGUCUGUGAAACCUGCCAGGCAGAGUUUGCACAGCUGGCGGACUUGCAGGAGCACGAGAAGCAGCAUCCCAAGCCGAGGCCUCAUGUCUGCAACAGCUGCGGCAAAGGCUUCCUCAACAAAUCUGGACUGCGUAAACACCAGAAGAUCCACUCCACCAGCAAACCCCACAGCUGCCCCCACUGUGGCAAAGCUUUCCUGUUUGCUGCCUACCUUCGCAAGCACUUACGGACUCACGCAGACGCCGCCCCGGCCGCAACACAACUGGGUGACAUAAACAUUAUUCAUACCGAUCCACUCCCCUCCCCUCCACCCCCCAGUGAGGUGUCCCCCUCCACUGUCGAACCCAGCACCAUCUCCCUGACAGUCCCAGUGACUGUGCCUGUGACUGCUUUUCCGGCUCUGCCAGAGUACUUGGUCAAAGAAGAGGGACUUUAAGCUCGUUUUUAUGUUACUCCACAAAUAUUUAGCCAGUGGCCUUAAAUCUUUUUUAGAUAAUGGGUCUGUUGAAGUGUUAUUUUUCAAGAAACUUUUUCAAAAAAGCUCAAAAUAGAGUCUCCUUCAUGUAAAUUGUCACCGUUUUGCAUUGCUAUGACAUAUAUAUGUAAAGAUGUAACGUAUGUUCAUGUUUUUAAAUAUAUACUGUACUAUAAGUAGCGUACUAUAAAAAGAUCUUAUCUGGUGUAAUCUCUUCAUAAAAAUGUGGUGUUUUGCAAACAUGUAAGCUGAUCACUUAAGAUGUUGUGAUUUCAGGUAAAUGUCUUUUAUAUUUAUGCUUUUUAAAUUACAGACUGUCUUAAAAUCUUUGAAGAAAACACAA